AUAUGUCAAGAAUGAAUGACUCUGUGCUCUAUUCUCUAGCUUUCUCUUCAGUACUGCUUCUACUCCUCUACGGUAUUGUGAGGAUUUCCUACUCAAUUUGGUGGAAACCCAAAUCGCUAGAGAGGUGCAUAAAACGCCAAGGAAUUAGAGGCACUUCUUACAAGCCUCUGAUUGGGGACAUGAAAGAGUUUGUGAAGGCAAUAACAGAAGCAUGGUCUAAACCCAUUCCUCUAAAUCAUCAGAUUGUUCCUCGUGUGGACCCGUUCACCCUAGAGACUGUCCAAAAAUACGGGAAGAUAUCGAUGUUUUGGGCUGGGACAAGACCAAGGCUGAUUAUCAUGGAUCCGAAGAUGAUUAAAGAAGUUCUGUCUAACAGGCUAGGGCACUUCCAAAAGCCUCCACUAGGCCCUCUUAUUCUCAUUCUGACCAAGGGACUCACAACUCUAGAGGGUGAGCAAUGGGCAAAACGCAGAAGUAUAGUCAAUCCUGCUUUCCACUUGGAGAAACUGAAGGGGAUGGCACCGGCAUUCACAUCCAGUUGCAGUGAGAUGAUUGAACGAUGGCAGAAGAUGGUUAGUCCUCGAGGAGCUUGCGAAGUUGACGUUUGGCCUGAUCUUAAAAAACUUACUGCAGAUGUUAUAUCUAGAGCAGCAUUUGGAAGCAACUAUGAAGAAGGAAAACGUAUCUUUGAACUUCAAAAUGAGCUGAUCGUACUAACUCUUGAAGCCAUGCUAAGCUUAAAUAUUCCUGGUUUUAGAUUUGUACCAACUAAGAAGAACAGGAGAAGAAGGGAGCUGGACAGAGAGAUCAAAUCAAUGCUAAGGAAUGUAAUUCAAAGGAAAGUGAAUGCCACGAGGACUGGAGAAUCCAGGGUUGAUGACUUGCUAGGCCUGCUCUUGCAAUCUAAUAACCAGAACAAUAUACCAGAAAGUGCGACUGCUACAAAUGAUAGUGGCUUGUCGAUUGAGGAAGUGAUAGAGGAAUGCAAGCAGUUCUACCUCGCUGGCCAAGAAACGACUUCAAGCUGGUUGACAUGGACAAUGAUAGUCUUAGCUAUGCACCCAGACUGGCAAGAGAAGGCAAGGGAAGAAGUCCUACUAGUCUGUGCAAAAAAUGAACCCAAUUCUGAAGCUAUAACCCACCUCAAGAUAGUCACCAUGAUACUUUAUGAAGUCCAGAGGCUAUAUUCACCUGUGAUUGCUCAAUAUCAACACACUUACAAGGAUGCCAAGAUAGGAGAUAUAUUCCUCCCAGCUGGAGUUGAUCUUGUACUACCUACAUUACUCAUCCAUCAUGAUCCUGGACUUUGGGGUGAUGAUGUAGAGGAAUUCAAACCAGAGAGAUUCUCUGAAGGUGUUUCAAAGGCAUCGAAGGAUCAGUUAGCAUUCUUUCCAUUUGGGUGGGGCCCAAGGACCUGUAUUGGCCAAAAUUUUGCCAUCAUAGAAGCUAAGAUUGCUUUGGUCAUGAUUCUUCAAAAUUUCUCAUUCGAGCUCUCGCCUACCUACACUCACGCCCCCAAGACCGUUAUGACCCUUCAACCACAGCAUGGAGCUCAAAUCAUAUUACACCCACUUCAGUAGUAAGCUAAGCAGAACAUAAGAGAAUUCCAAAUAAAAAAACUAAUCUCGUUCUGCAUCAUAAAUAAUACCUAGUUGUCUGUUAUGCUUCUAUAUUAUGUCUGUAAUGUUUCUAGAAUCUUCCACUAUAAAGAUCUGGAUAAA